GAAAGUACAGGAACAAGACGACAGUCACUUGUUUCACUGGAGACACAGAUUUGCUUCUGUGUUUACAAGCUUUACUAAUUGCAUUUUUAUUUCCACCUUGUCUAUUUGCUCGGCUCGGUUCUGCUCGUUCUCACAGAGACAUCAUCCUGAAUGUAAUCUCUUCCCCAAACAUAGUAUGUACAUCCGAAUUUUCAGAUGUUCUCGAAAUACCUUGCAGACGUACAACACCUGAGCGAGCGGGAUGAAUCCUGACUGCGGCGUUCACCUGAUCCUGGUCCUCAUCCUUCAGUGCAUCUACGUGUGUACUCCUGCCCCGGCUCGUGGUCACGCAGAGGAGCGACUCAUUCAGGCUUUAUUCCGUCGCUAUAACAAGUUCUCACGUCCCGUCGAGAACAUCUCCGAUGUGGUGCUGGUUCACUUCGGCCUUUCCAUCGCACAACUCAUCGAUGUCGAUGAAAAGAAUCAAAUGAUGACCACCAACGUUUGGGUGAAGCAGGAAUGGAGCGAUUACAAGCUGCGCUGGAACCCUGAGGAGUUUGAGAAUGUCACCUCGAUCAGAAUCCCCUCGGAGCUCAUCUGGAGGCCCGAUAUUGUGCUCUACAACAACGCUGAUGGAGACUUUGCCGUGACCCACUUGACCAAAGCCCAGGUGUUCCAUGAUGGCCGAGUGAAAUGGAAACCUCCUGCUAUAUAUAAGAGCUCCUGCAGCAUUGACGUCACGUUCUUCCCUUUCGAUCAGCAGAACUGUAAGAUGAAGUUCGGCUCGUGGACGUACGACCGAGCGAAGAUCGACUUGGUCAGCAUGGACGGCAACGUGGACCAGAUGGACUACUGGGAGAGCGGUGAGUGGGUCAUCAUCAACGCCGUGGGGAAGUACAACAGCAAGAAAUACGAGUGCUGUGCGGAAAUCUACCCGGACAUCACCUACUACUUCAUCAUCCGCCGCCUCCCUUUGUUCUACACCAUCAAUCUGAUCAUCCCGUGCCUGCUGAUCUCCUGCUUGACUGUGCUUGUCUUCUACCUUCCCUCUGAAUGCGCUGAGAAGAUCACGCUGUGCAUAUCGGUGCUCCUUUCACUCACUGUCUUCCUCCUGCUCAUCACAGAAAUCAUCCCUUCCACCUCGCUGGUUAUCCCACUCAUUGGCGAGUACCUGCUGUUCACCAUGAUCUUCGUCACGCUUUCCAUCAUCAUCACCGUCUUUGUUCUGAACGUGCACCACAGAUCAUCUCGCACGCAUCGGAUGCCCCACUGGGUCCGUCAGCUCUUUCUUCACCUGGUACCGAGAUACCUUUUCAUGAAACGUCCACCGGCUGCCGGAAAGAGAAACUGCCACAAGCUGAUCGAAAUGAUGCACAGACCGAUGGCGCUGCAGCCCAUCCAGCAGGGGAACCCUGGCUUGACCACACCCCUCGAUCUGAUCUCGUGUCCAAUCCAGCGUGAAGCAGCAUCCAAAUCUCCUCUUUUCUCCACCUCACGUAGCAGUGAGAACUCCAACCAUGAACAGGACGCCAUGCAGGUAAACCUCGCUCCAGGACUCAAGCACGCUCACGUGAAGACGUCCUCAGUCUCGAGCGCUUCUCUGUCUCCAGACAUCCCGCUCAGGUCUCUGCUUCAAACCCUAGAUCUGAGCGAGGUUUGUGAAUUUCAGUGCCAUAGCGCAGAGAGUGUGUUCUUCGACACGGCAGAGGGUACGCGCCAGGCGGAAACGAUUUGGGGCUGCCAUAAACAUGAGAAGACGAGUAUACAGACAUACGUCACUGCAGAUCGAGGGGAAUGCACGAGUCCGUGUGAAGGACACAACGUCCGGGAACUCAAACAUCAAGCCUUAACGGCUGCAGUAAAGAAUCCGAGGUGGAGAGAAACGACUGUCCGGUGUCACAGUCACUCCUGAGGGCCCUCGAAGGAGUCCAGUACAUCGCAGACCACCUCAGAGCUGAGGACACCGACUUUUCGGUAAGAGAAGACUGGAAGUACGUCGCCAUGGUGAUUGAUCGAAUAUUCCUCUGGAUGUUUGUGCUUGUGUGCAUUUUGGGUACACUGGGACUCUUUCUACCUCCGUGGUUGGCCGGAACGAUCUAGAAUCCGACACGAC